AUGCUAUACAAACUGCCGACUUUAUGUACACCUCCGUUCAUUUUGUUGCUUUUUCAAAGUGACAAUCGCCUGGGAGAAACUCGAACCAUCCUGUUCCCGAUCGAUUCGGAAAAUAUGUCGACCCGACCUUGGUCAAUAACAGCUCUUCUUUUGGCCUGGGGCCUGUUUUUAGAUCACGUUCACGGAGUAGACAUCCUCAAAAACAAUGGCUUCACCACUUGCCUUGACAGUUCCGAUAUCAAGGUCGAAAAAAUGAGCCUGGAGUUUGACCGCUCUACCAAUACAAUCACCUUCGACGUUGCAGGGAGUAGCACAAAGAUCCAAAAGGUAACAGCAGAGUUGGUCGUUGAGGCCUAUGGCCAAAAGAUCACCAAAAGUUUCAAUCCCUGUGAUGCGGGAACGAAAGUCGAUCAACUAUGCCCUGUUCCCGCGGGGCGUUUUGCGGCCAGAGGAAAUCAAAAGGUACCCUCCGAAUUCGUAGAGAAAAUCCCCUCUAUUGCAUUCGCCAUUCCCGACCUCCAGGCUCAGGCAACAAUGUUACUGAAAUCGAAUGACGGGGGCGGCACUCUUGCCUGUAUCAGCUCGACGGUAGACAAUGGCAAAUCAUUAGAAGCACCUGCUAUAUCAUACGCUGCUGCUGGAAUCGCAGGGGCUGCUCUAGCAUUGUCGGGCGCAGUAGCUUUGGCGUCCAGUGGAGGCCCCGGUACGGCUACAUCGAGCCCGACCUUCGGUGAAGUCUUUGGGUGGUUUCAUUCUAUGGCAACCAACGGCAUGCUUAGCGUCAAUUACCCGCCGAUAUACCGCAGCUUCACCAAAAAUUUUGCAUUCAGCACCGGGCUGAUUCCUUGGAAACAGAUGCAGAUGUCGAUUGACGAUUUCAGAAAUAAGACUGGGGGCAAUUUGACACAUAACAAUUUCCUUUUCCUUCAAAAUGCUACCCUUAUAUAUGACAACGGAUCUGGUUCCUCGAGCAAUGUAAAACGUUCAUUAAGCUCCCUUUUCAGUUCAUCCGGUCUUGCGGUUCGGGAUAUUUCAACGACGAUCAACGAAACAACCACUGGAGGCGGCCCUGAAGAGGAGGGCGGAAUAAAUCAUGUUGUCAAGGGAAUCCAGGCAUACGUCGAAAUGCUCUCAGUUCCCGAAUCUAACACGUUCAUGACGGUGCUGUUGAUAUUUGCAAUCAUAGUUGCGGCCAUUGCGGUUGGCAUAUUGCUGUUUAAAGUUAUUCUCGAGGUCUGGGCAAUGUUCUCAUAUUUUCCACGGAAAUUAACGAACUUCCGGAAGGAUUACUGGGGCAUACUGGCGAGGACAAUCACCAAUCUGAUUCUCGUAUUAUACGGCAUCUUCACUCUCUAUUGCGUUUUCCAAUUCACCAGAGGCGAUUCAUGGGCCGCCAAAGCUCUUGCAGGCGUCACACUCGCUAUUUUCACGGGAAUCCUAGGAUUUUUCACUUUCAAAAUUUGGAGAGUGGCAAGAAAAUAUAAGGGGGAAGGUUCCGCGGCUGCACUAUAUGAAGACCAGGAAACAUGGCGAAAAUACAGUCUUUUCUAUGACAACUACAAAAAGGGAUAUUGGUGGAUUUUCGUUCCUACCAUUAUCUACAUGCUCGCGAGGGGCUGCAUCAUUGCUGGAGGCGACGGUCACGGACUCGUUCAGACCGCCGGCCAACUUGUUGUCGAGGCAAUCAUGUUCAUUCUCCUUCUCUGGUCGAGACCCUACGAAGCAAAGUCUGGGCAAUGGAUUAACAUAUCGAUUCAAGUCGUCCGGGUGUUGUCAGUUGUAUGCAUUCUAGUCUUUGUCCAGGAGCUGGGCAUGUCAACGACAACGCAAACUGUUACUGGUGUCGUUCUGAUUGCAGUGCAAUCGGCACUGACCGGCAUCCUCGCCAUUUUGAUCGCUGUCAACGCCCUGAUACUUUUGUUCAAGAAGAACCCGCAUGCUGCGAGGAGGCGGAAAGACCCUGAAACUAUGGAUCGCGACUUAGAUACUCUCACGCCGCUGGAUGCGCGCAACUCCCUUCUAGAAGACUCAAACAUGCCUCCACGCUACUCAAAUCGGAGAAGCUCAAUGGGCUAUUUCAACCACACCUCGCCCUACGAUCCCUACAUGAAGGCAUCCUACAGCGAGAAAUCACGCCACAUGCCUACAAACAGCACCGAUCAUUUACUCUCAACCAAUGCCGACAACAUAAACCAUGUGAAUAUGAGGGAGAUGAGCCGGACCCCAUCACCCGAACGGCAACCUACGUUGCCGGUGAUUGGACGGGCGUACUAA